CCAUGUAAAGACCAGACCAGACCAGAUCAUACUCUCUCUCUCUCUCUCUCUCUCUCUCUCUCUUCUUUUGCUUGUCCUCCUCCUCCAAAUUCGCCAUGUCUUCCAUCUUGACCCCUCAAGGGAUGGCCUUCGCCACCGCCAUGGCCGUCUCCGGCACCGUAAUCCUCCUCGCCUACCGCCUCCAGAAGCCGGUCGACGACCACGUCUCGCAGCCUUCGCACCGGGCCCUCCGCUCCUGCUUACUGUCCGAUGGGAAGCGGAGAGAGAAGAACAAGAAGAAGAGAGUUCACUUCGCGGCGGACGUGGUGGAUCCGAGCGGGUGCAGCGAGGAGUUCAGGAGACGACGUGGGAACGCCGCCAGUUCCGCUCCUCCCUCUCCCUCCCCGAGUCCAGCCAAGUUCAAGAAGAAUGCGGGCAACAAAGCCAGUGGAAUGCCUGCCAAUAGGAUGGCUCUGUACAGCGGAAUUCUCAGAGACCGCAUCGGUCACAGAUUGGCCUAUUCCUGCUGAUGGUGGUUCCCAUUUCCCUUUCAUUCCCUCCCCCCACCCACAAAUUGCUGUGAAUUUUGUGGUAUAUUCCUGUAAAGAUUCCCUCUUCCUCUGUUUUUCGUUUUUUUUUUUUUUGGUCGGAAUUAUCAGUUUCCAUUAGACCAGGAAAAUGUUCAGCAGUUCUGGUUUAGGCCCAGAGAGUGAAGGGAGUUUUAGAACUUUGAUGGGCCCUGAAGCCUCUUAGGAGAAAGGUUGAUUUCAAUGGCGGAAUCUGUAAAAAUUCAUGUGUCUUGCUCUUCGGAAUAUAUUUUCA